CCCCAGAUGUACGGCCGGAUAUACCGGGUGGUGGAGCCCAAGCGUGCCCGCAUGAACGCCGCCAUGGCCCAGCUGGCCGAGAAGCAGGCGUCGCAGGCCGAGGCGCAGGAGAAGCUGCGGGAGGUGGCGGAGAAGCUGGAGCGGCUGAAGCAGGAGUACGAGGAGAAGCUGGCGCAGAAGGAGGACCUGCGCAAGCGCUCCGAGGAGAUGGAGAUCAAGCUGGACCGCGCUGACAAGCUGGUGUCGGGGCUGGCGGGGGAAAAGGCACGCUGGGAGGAGACGCUGCAGGUACGGGGGCUGGGGGCAGGGAUCCCAGUGGGGAGGAUCUGGGGGCCAGGCGGUCAG